AACUUCUCCCUGACCCUCUCUGACGUCUCUCUCUAAAUCUACCUGUCAGUCAGUCAGCACCAAGCCACUCGGUGCAGGGGAGAGGGAUAGCAGAGGGGAUGACAGGACAGGACAAUGUGGACAUACCCGAAACAGGAGCCAUCUUCACAUUUGGAAAGAGUAGUUUUGCUGACAACGUGCCUAGUAAAUUCUGGUUGAAGAAUGAUCAACCAGUACACCUAUCUUGUGGAGGAGAGCACACUGCUGUCAUCACAGAAAAUGGCAGGCUGCUCAUGUUUGGUGGUAAUACUUGGGGCCAACUGGGGCUUGGAUUCAAGCCUGCUACCAGCAAACCUGCCUUUGUAAAAUCCUUGAAGUCUGAGAAUGUGAGGCUUGUAGCUUGUGGCAGGGAUCACACAAUUGUCUGCACACGGCAGGGUAGAGUGUUUGGUGCUGGCAGUAACCAGGAGGGGCAGCUCGGUUUGGGCCACUGCAACAACACUUCAUCCUUUCACCUGCUGCAUCCCUUCUGUGACCAUGCACCAAUCAAAAUGCUUUCUGCAGGAUGCAACACCUCAGCUGCCUUAACAGAGGACGGGAGACUGUUCAUGUGGGGAGACAACGCUGUGGGUCAGAUUGGUUUGGGGGACGAGGAGUUUGCAGCAGAACCCAGAGAGGUGGAUGUUAGGGAAGCCGUGAUAUGGGUCUCCUGUGGGUACCACCACUCAGCAUUUGUUACAGUGGAUGGAGAUCUCUACACGUUUGGAGAGAGUGUGAACGGAAGGCUUGGUCUCCAGGUGGAGCAGCUGGGCAAUCACAGAGUCCCUCAACGGGUGCAAGGGAUUCUGGGUCGUGUCACCCAAGUGUGCUGUGGAGGAGAGCACACUGUGGCACUCACAGAGGAGAACGUGUACACGUUUGGCAGAGGUCAGUACGGUCAGCUGGGCCACGGGACAUUUGUGUUUGAAGUUGAUUUGCCAAAGCCACUGGAGCACUUUUGUAACAGCAGCAUCCAACAUAUCGCCUGUGGAGAAAACCACGCCGCUGUCAUCACAAAAAGCGGGUUUCUCUACACGUUUGGUGAUGGUCGUCAUGGGAAACUGGGUUUAGGGGAGGAGAACUUCAUUAACCAGUUCAGCCCGACACUCUGCACACGUUUUGUCAAGUACAAUGUUCAAUUAGUGUCCUGCGGUGGUAACCACAUGCUGGUAUUGGCUACACCCAGACCACCAGAGAGCCAAGAAGUGGUGCCAGAAGAGGAUGUCGCAGAGAAUGUUUUGGAGCCAAUUUACACAGAAAUUAUCCCGCUGGACCCUUUGAUUGAUCCUAAUCCACUGGUCCCACUCUCGGCCUUCUCUGCUCGAGCCCGGCAUAGAGAAAAAGGAAGCUCUGUGGAGCUGUUUGGGAAGAUGUUUCAGAACCUCCCACGUCUAAAUUCUGACUUCCUCAACAUCACCUGGCAAACAUCCAGAAAUAUCCCAAUCCCUAAAGUGCUCUCAAAGGACUUUACUACCCCUUCCUCAUCCCCCAAACCACAAUCAGAAGCAACACUAAGCCCACCACUCUCUCCCAGAUCUCCAGUGUUACCCUCUAACCCAUCAAGACCACGUUCUCAAUCAUUCAACACCUUUCAGAAUAUAUCAAAGAAAUCAAAGUCUAAAUCCAAAGAGCUGCCUUCUCCCCCACUGUCACCAAAGUUCAUAACUAAACAUAACACCCCAGUAUUUCCUAGACGGACGGCAAAAAAAAGACUGAAUAGAACCGCUGAAAAAGCCUUCAUUGAAGACUCUCCUCUAUCACCUAAAGAGCCCUGCAGUCCCACCAGACCCUCAAGUGAUAUUUCAAAGAAACAUCUCAGUGAGGAAGAGCAUCUUGUCUCGCCACGAACAGAGAGAGAAACUAUUCAGAGUCAAUUUGUCAUAGAAGAGUUGGAGGAGAAAGGAGUGGACUCUGACUUUUUGUCAAAUGUGGAAAAGAAGAAAGGCCGAGCUCUUAGAAGAACUACAAAAGAGGCAGAGUUGUUUGCCAAACUGCUCCAGUUCAAUGGGAAGGCAGAACGAAAUCCUCUUAAGGCCUCACCCACAGAGCUUCUGAAAGGCUCUUUAAAGAAAGAAGUGUAUCCACUGAAGAGCUUAAAGAGUCUGAAAAACACAUCUAAAAAGGUUACAUCUGAAGGCAAAGAGAACAUCACCGAGCAGUCCAAUAAAAUCAAAACUCAUGAGGACGGAACAGCUCGAAAGGAAACCUCCCAUUUGGAAUCACCAAAACUAUUAGCAUCAAGCCCAAAAACUCCAAAAUCUUUCCGGAAGACACUAACACAGCAGAGACUGGCGGCUGCAGUGAAGGAAAAUGACAAAAGAAACAGAAAUGUGAAAGAAAGUAUUAUAAACCAAGAGGAUAUGAAAGCCAGUGCUUUAAAAAAAAACUUCAUUUCGACACUAAGAAAGGAUGAAAAAAAAUCCUCCGCUUUGGACAAGACAUUUUCUGUUAUGAAGGUCACUACAGGAAAUGAAACAACCAGCAUAUCUAUCCAGAGGGGAAGUUCAUUAUCAGUAGAAAAAGAUGCAGCGAUCCAGAGUGAAACCACUGAUGUCAAACCUGUUGAAGUGCAAAUGCAACGUGAUCCACAGCAAUUCACAUCGACUCCAACAAAAGAUUUUCAAAAGGGUGAAUCUGCACUGGAAAGAGGUCAAAAUAAGAAAAAAGACACCACACCCGCCUCCACACCUGCUCAGGUUGAAAAUAAGAAAUCCAUACCUGUGAAAGUUAAAGGGAAACAGAAUGAGAUCAAAUCCACACUAGUCAAAAAUCAAAGUAAACGUGCAGGAAAUACUCCAGUUACAAUUGAAAGUAAAAUAAAAGUUGUGAGAAAUGAGUUAAAGAAAGCUAAAAAAUUGAAAGGUAGAACUAUAGAUAAGCAGAAGAUACCUGAAGGUGACAGAGCUGAAGUAAAGGGCCAUAAGAAGGCCAAAGAAUCUAAACUGAAGGAACCAGGGGGAGACAAAGGGGAUGAAAUCAGUGUUGAAGGAGAAGCUGACCCUGAAUAUAUUAUGAGGGCCAAGCCAAGGAGUAGGCACCCUGGACCUUCCACACCGGUUGAAGUUAUGUGUAACCCCAUCUCCUCUCAAAGCACUCAGAGAACAGAAGUGAUUCCCGUCAGUGGUGCCAAAUCCCCACAAGGCACCAAACCUGUUGAGAAGGAUCUGCUUGUGUCUGAAACACACAUAAAGGAUGCUCAGAGCCUGACUGAAGAGAAGCCAAUGUGGGGGGAAAUCCUCAGUACCACAGCCUCUCUUCUCCCUGCUGUUGGGAUAGCAGGUACAGCUCUGAAAGGCCUUAGCGAUGCAGUGACAAACAUAGGGGGUUUACAGUCGGACAGUGACACAGAUACCACCACACCACCCAAAACACCCAGACGAGUGAAGCAAUUCACAAAACAAAGUGCAGUCAUACAACCUUCCUUUUCCUCGACAUUGUCACAUUUUUCUUCAACAGAGACGUCAAAUCCAGCAGAACAAAGAACAGAGAAAGAUGUUCAGGUCACGAAGAAUGUAGUUCAAGAAGAAGAACGUAAUACCCUUCAGUCACAACAGGGGGUGUUGAAAAGUGAUGGGAGUGAAGACACUUCCCAGCAAGAACAUAAAGAAGAUAAGAAAACCUACAAGGAUCAUAAGGGAGGAGAAACAGAUACUGAAGAUGAGGAAACAAAGAAAAAUGAAGGGAGUGGAAGCCAUAUGGAAGGCAAAGAAGAAGAUGAGGAGGAGGGAAGUGAAAGUAGCAAUGACUUAGAGGAGGAAAAAGACAGUGUUCCUGUAGAUGGCGAGGAAGAGCAAGAUAAUGAACUUGCAGAGGAAGAUAGUGAGGAGGAAGCCGGAAGUGCAAAUAGUGGUGUCACAGAGGCUGAAGAGGAGGAAGAAGAAAGCAAUGAGGAAACUGGUGGAGGAGGAAGUGAGUCUGAGGUAAGUGAGGCAUCAGAGGAGGAGGGAAGUGAAAGUGAGGAAGAGAAUGAAGAAAGUGAGAUGAGUGAGGAUGAAGAUGAUGAAAGUAGCCAAGAAUCGGGGAGCAGCAGGAGCAAAGAGUCAGAGGAGGAGGACGGAGACGGAGGUGACACUGCAGAUUCGGACUCUGAAGAAGAAGAAAGUGAGGUUGACGCAGAGGAAGAGGGUGAAAUGGAGGAAGAAAAAGAUUCCACUGAGAAAGAUUCAGAGGAAGAUGAUGAAACAGAUAAGAGUGAAGGGGAGGAAGAUGAGGAACAGGAUGAAGUGAGUGUUGAAAAUGAGGAAGAGGAAUACAGUGAGUCCGAGGAAGAUGAGGAAGAGCUAGAUGAAAAGAGCGACAAAGAAAAUGAGGAGGAUGAAGAGGAGGAACAAGAGGGUGAGGAGGAAGAAGAGAGUAUGGAGGAGGUAGAAGAGGAGGAGGAAGAUGAAGAGAAUAAGGAGGAGGUAGGAGAGGAAGAGGAAGAAGAGAGUAAUGAGGAGGUAGGAGAGGAGGAGGAAGAAGCGAGUAAGGAGGAAGAAGGAGAGGAGGAAGAAGAGGGUGAGGAGGAGGAGGAAGAAGAGGAUAAGAAGAUUACAGAGGAAGAAGAAGAAGAAGAAGAAGGAGAGCAAGAGGGUGAGAAUGAGGAGGGAGCAGAGGAGGAAGGAGAAGAAGAGGAAGAGAGUGAUGAUGAGGAGGAGAAAAAAAUAAAGAGAAAAGUGGAAAAUUCUGUGGCUAAUGAAAAGGAGAUGGAAGAGAGUGAUGAGGAGGAGGAGGAUGAGGAGGAG